CAAACGUUUAAUCAGGACUUAUACUCAGAUGUUUUAUAGAGGUGUGUUUGCCUGUGUGGGUUCCUCGAAAUAGCCGAACGUGGUAGAAGUGAUUUAGAACCGUCGGUACCAACACGCCGGUAAGAAGGUCUCAUUUACAGGUGACACCCUGUAUAUAUCGGCGAUAGGGGAAUCUUUUGUUUGAGGAGUAAAAUUGGUGAUUCAAAUUAGCAGCAUUUUGAAGUGUGGUGAUGGCAUAAGUGUCAUAUGGAUAUGAACUAUUUUUUUGUGCUAUUGUGAGGUGGUUUUUGAGAUGUCACUGAAAAAAGUGGAUUAUUCUAGUGUCCCCACUUCAGUGGACCUGGACAACAACUUCAACGGCAGAAAGUACACUGUCAACUCUUCGAACAACAAUGUUGUUAUACCUAGAUCAAUAUGUGUCCUUUUGACUCUAUCUGCCUUAUGCCUAGCCUUAUUAGCAGCAUUUAUAGUGUUCCUAUUAGUACCUAAGUGUGACCAGGAUAAGUCUAUUACCCAAUCUUUUGUCGGUGAUAAACCUACGGGUCCUGUAGAAGAAAUAGAUCUAAGGCUGCCUACCUACUUACAGCCUUUUUAUUAUAAGAUAAAUUUAGUACCGAAUUUCCAGCAACAAAAGAUCGAAGGCACAGUUGCGAUAAGUCUGAAAGCAAUUGAGGAGAAAUACGAGGUAAUCUUCAACGCCAAGGAACUGAGGAUAGAUGGCAAUUCUACACUCUUACGUUCGAUCACCACGAACGAAACCCUUGAGAUACUGGAGCAGGAGUACAUACCCUCCGAGAAGUUCAAAAUAGCAACCAGAGAACCAUUGAAAGAAGGUCAAGAAUACCUCUUGGAUCUAAACUUUGAAACUGACUUCAAUUCGCACUUGCUGGGGAUUUACAACAGCAGGUAUUUCGACGAGAGGAGUAAAAAGACCAAGAACUUGGUCAGCACUCAAUUUUCGCCAAUCGACGCCAGGAGAGGCUUUCCAUGCUUCGAUGAACCAUCAUUCAAGUCAGUCUUCAGUAUUAACAUCGCAAGACCUACUUCUUUAUCCACAGUAUCCAAUAUGCCUAUGAAAGGAAGUCCGCAACCAUUUGAAGGUCGAGAAGGCUGGGUAUGGGACCAUUACGAGGAUACUCCGCCCAUUCCCUCCUAUCUGGUAGCCUUCGUGAUAAGUGAUUUCAGAUCUGCACACUCACCAAGACCAUCAACUGAAUUAUGGGCCAACAAACCUUUUCUAUCACAGACGCAGUACGCUGCCAAAUUGAUACCCACUAUGAUCAACUAUCUUGAGUCCUACCUAAACGUUUCAUUUCCUGUCAAGAAGUUAGAUUUAGUUGCCAUUCCAGAAUUUGGUUUCGGUGCUAUGGAAAACUGGGGACUCAUAACCUUCAGAGAGAGCAUGUUACUUUUCGAUUCGAACAAUACGAGCAUUGAGGAUCAGAAAAACAUUGCUCACGUUCUUGCCCAUGAGCUUGCACAUCAAUGGUUUGGUAAUCUCGUCACGCCCAAAUGGUGGGAUGACGUUUGGUUAAAAGAGGGUUUUUCCACAUAUCUGUCGUAUCUAGCCGUUGCAAAAGCUCACCCGAAAUGGACUUACACGCAAGAAAUAUUCCCCAAUGAACUAACAAAAGCUCUGGAAAAUGAUGCUUACGCGUCUUCAGAACCCAUCACUAAAGAAAUCAAGAAUAACAAGCAAAUCAGACAAAUAUUUGGCUUCGGGUCUUAUUCUAAAGGAGCUUGUUUGGUGAGAAUGAUGAAUAACUUCCUGACGGAACCCGUUUUUCUGAAGGGUGUCAGAUACUACCUGGACAGAUAUAGGUUCAAAAAUGCAGACCACAAGGAUCUCUUCAAAUGUUUCGACGAUGCCGCCGCAGAAAACGCCAACCCUUUCGUCAACUUCACCAACGUAGGUGACAUAAUGACAAAUUGGAUCAGUAAACCGGGUUUCCCCGUGUUAACAAUCAACACCAACAUGCAAAAUAAGACUAUAACAAUCAAACAGAGGCGAUUCCUAUUGGACGGCGACCCGGGAAACACCCUCUGGUCGGUGCCAAUUUCCAUAGUAACGGAUCAGAAUCCAAAUUUCCAGGAUAGCAGUCCCAAAGCUUGGUUGCAAGGGGAAUCUAUCACGUUAUCACUGAACUUUUCUCACUGGUACAUCAUCAAUGUUAAUCAGACAGGUUAUUACAUGGUCAACUACGAUGAGAAGAUAUGGCAUGCCCUCAUCAAAGACAUCAUGAACGUUCCUCCUCUAACUAGAGCGCAACUGAUAGGGGACUCCAUGGAAUUGGCGAAGGCCAAUUUGUUAGACUAUGACAUUCCUCUAAGGCUGAUCGCGAACAUGGCCAUAAACGACAAGAUGAUAAUGUUCAUUCCGACGCUGGUUGCCUUCAACAAGCUAUCGUUUCUCAGCGAUAUGCUCGUUAAUACACCUGCUUUUGGACUCUUCGAGAACUAUCACAAGACUAUCUUCAAAGAUACUUACGAAAUGGUCGACUUCUCCAAUACUCUUGACGAUUAUUUAUCGCUUAGGAUUAUGAAAACAGUUCUAGAAUGGUCUUGUAGAAGCACCGAAUCGAGAUGUGCCAUUAUGGCUCAUAACUUGUACAGGAAAUGGAUGCAGGGAUCUAUAACCAUUCAACCAAACGUCCGCCACAUAGUUUACUGUACAGCAAUCAGACAAGGUGGAAAAGCCGAAUGGGACUUUGCUUAUCACGAGUACAAGAGAACCAACUCUCCAACUGAGAAGAAUGUUCUUCUGGACGCUCUUGGUUGUACUAAACAUGAAUGGCUAUUGUCAAGAAUGCUCACUGCGAUUGCAAAGGAAGAGAAGUCGUAUCUGAACAUCGUUCUGAAUGAUGAAACAUUUAGUAUGAGGAUCCAAGACGCUGAUAGGAUUUUUGAAUCCAUCUCUCACAACAAAGCAGGAAGCCAACUGGCAUUUAACUUCCUGAGAAGAAACUGGAACGACCUUAAAGAGCACCUAGGUGAAGGUUUUGACAUUCUCAACAAGCUGAUACUGAGUCUUCCAAAGCACAUGAAUACAGAAUUUCAGCUAGCCGAACUGCAGAAAUUCAAAAAAGAUCUCGGUGAUAAAAUAGGAUCAUCCGGUCCAGCUUUAGACAGAGCUAUAGAAAUGGUGAAAAUGAAGGUUGUGUGGAUGCAAAAAAAUUAUAAAUCUCUGGAACAAUGGUUGUAUGCCCAUAAUGACAACUUUGGGUAUUGAUCAAAGUGAUUGUCUUCUCAGUAUUUUGAUAUCAAGUCAAUCGAUUAAGUUUAUUGUAUAAAUGGUCAUUUAAUUUAUUGAAUAUAAAUCUGUAUAAAACUGAAUAAAUUUAAGGAUUAAAACUUAUUGAAAAAAUGAAUAAAAAACCGUU